AUGGUGGAACCAAACCGAAUAUAUGGCGAAAAGUGUACCAAAUCGGACAAUGCUGAGAUAAUGAAUGUCUGCGCUACUCGUUGCAACAUUGCUGCUAUUCACUUGAGGUGUGGAUGGUUCAGCUCAGCCAAGCUCAUAAAUCCCAUAGUUUUUAGGAGGCUUAGAUAUGAUGAUUGCCUUGUCAAUGAUGGCAAGCCUUUGGGUAUUGGUGAAUCUCUUUCUUUUGAGUAUGCCAAUACUUUUUCUUAUAGUGGAUGA